GAGUCUGUUGACGGCAUGUUGUUUAAGUGCCUAGGGUCGAGUUGUUGUUUAGCGCUUAAAAGCCACGGUGGAGUUUGGUGGGAGGUCUUCGUGGCCUUUGAGGUGAUGGAGAAGGCCAAGGGAGAUGGGCAGCCAGGAGAGGAGGCGACAGAACUGAAAGAUGGUGGAGUUCCCCAGCCGCUGCCAGAUGGGAGGACCGGAGUACUCUUCAAUGGAUGGAUCGUUGAGACCCACAAGAAAUCUAUUCUCAGUUCCCUAUCACUCGAACAAUGGGAAGAAAAGCUUGGAACCAGGCAUAUGCCUGAGAUGGUUUUUGGAGAGAGUUCUUUAAUUCUUCAUCAUGUAGGAACUGGGAUUAAGAUUUAUUUCAAUGCCUUUGAUGCUCUUACUGGGUGGAAGCAGGAACGACUACCACCUGUUGAAGUCCCUGCAGCAGCAAAAUGGAAAUUCAGAAGUAAACCUCAACAGCAAGUGAUCCUUGAUUAUGAUUAUACAUUCACAACACCAUAUUGUGGUAGUGAAGCUGUAGAACCAAGAGCAGAGAUGGUUAUGGGCACUAAGCCUGAAGGUUCAACUGGAGUUCUGCAUUGGGUGGAUUGUGAUGAGCACAUUGAUUUUGCUGCCUUAUCUCCGAAAGAGCCUAUACAUUUUUUUGAUGAGGUGCUGCUGUAUGAAGAUGAACUGGCAGAUAAUGGUGUGUCACUGUUAACCGUAAAAGUGAGAGUAAUGCCAAGUUGCUGGUUUCUUCUUUUGCGAUUCUGGCUUAGAGUGGAUGGUGUGCUGGUGCGAUUAAGGGACACCAGAAUGUAUUGUGCUUUCACAAAUAAUCAUGAAAGGGUACCUUAUGUACUACGAGAAUGUUGUUGGAGAGAGUGCACAUUCAAGGCUUUAUCUGCUAGGGGUUUUCCAUCUGAUUCUGCUUCAUAUAGUGAUCCAAAUCUUAUCAGCCAACGUCUUCCAGUCGUUGUCCAGAAGACUCAAAAGUUGACAUUGUCUUCAUGACCAAUGUUCCAAUUGAGUUAUGCUGCAGUUACUGUUCAUUUCUGUAAAAGAUAGGAAGUUUGUAAAACUUGGCCUAUGCCAAAUUGCAGUACAUCUGGUGAAGAAAUUCUGAUGUAGGUUAUCCGACAGGCAUGUAUCUGAUUGAGAUGUUCAAAUCUUCGAUUUGAAAAUUUCUUCGUGCUUGAUACAAUCCCAACACUAAACCAAAGCAUAAUUUUUGGGUA